UUAUGUCCGGACCAUAUUGGGGCCAAUUUUCACUCCACCACGCGCCGGCAGCUGAGCGCGUGUAUCCGGCACUCCUAGGCGGCGGCGACUGCUACGAUUCCAUUGGGCACAGCAGCAGCCACGUGGAUUCCCCGGACUCGAAUAGUACUACUUAUGGAGCACACAGUCCUACUCUCAUCAAUUGCCAAUAUCUCAUUGAUACAAAUGUGGAAGCCUAUUAUUAUAACAUUGAAUCAGAAAAUAGCCAUGACAGCUCCCAGGAAAUGCAACAGUGCUAUAAGUGGUCAAAUAGCUCAUUUGCAAGUGAUAAUAGCGUAUUUGAGAGCAUGAAUAGAGCCAUUCCCUACAGCCCAGAGGAGAAAAAAGAGAGAAUUGAGAGAUAUCGAAGCAAGAGAUAUCGAAGGAACUUCAACAAGAAAAUCAAGUAUGAAUGUAGGAAGACUUUGGCAGACAGUCGGCCGCGAGUGAGGGGAAGAUUUGCGAGAAAUGAUGUGAUAGAGAAAGAGACUCAAUGUCAAUUUCAAGAGGAAGAUGAGGACGACUAUCAAAGCUGGAUUACUAUGCUUGAUGCACUCAACAAAUCUGAUCUUGCGUUAAUAUCUUCAUUUUGA